AUGGAAAGCUUUUUGGCUAAUCGACCAGAUGCACCAAGUCGCUGUACGUAUACUGUUAAUGGUGAUAGAAGUAAAGGACCACAUAAUCUUGGUAGUAGACAAAAGUCAACUCGCCAAAAGAUCUAUAACAAUGUUCUUGAAUUAAUUGGUGAUACACCACUUGUACGUGUUAAUCGUUUGGCAUGUGAAGCUGGCGUCAAAUGUAAUCUUUUGGCUAAAUGUGAAUAUUUUAAUGCUGGCGGUAGUGUAAAAGAUCGAAUUGGUUUACGUAUGGUUGAAGAAGCUGAACGUGCUGGAAUAUUAAAACCAGGUGAUACUAUUAUUGAACCAACAUCUGGUAAUACAGGCAUUGGUUUAGCAUUAGCGUGUGCUGUUAAAAAUUAUCGAUGUAUUAUUGUUAUGCCUGAAAAAAUGAGUAAAGAAAAGGUUGAUGUACUUCAUGCAUUAGGAGCUGAAAUUAUUCGUACACCAACAAGUGCUUCAUUUGAUUCACCUGAAUCACAUAUUGGUGUAGCACAUCGUUUAAAAAUGAAAAUUCCUAACUCACAUAUUCUUGAUCAAUAUCGAAAUCCAUACAAUCCAAUUGCUCAUUAUGAUUCAACAGCUGAAGAAAUUCUUGAAGCAUGCAAUGGAAAAGUUGAUAUGGUUGUUAUUGGUGCUGGAACAGGAGGAACAUUAACUGGUAUCUCAAGAAAAUUUAGAGAAAGAUGUCCAAAUUGUAUUAUUGUCGGUGUCGAUCCAGAAGGUUCAAUAUUAGCAGCACCUGAAACAUUGAAUAAAACUGGAAUUACAUUUUAUGAAGUCGAAGGAAUUGGAUAUGAUUUUAUUCCAACUGUACUUGAUCGAUCAUUAAUUAAUCGAUGGUAUAAAAGUACUGAUAUGCUUUCACUUAAAUAUGCAAGAAAAUUAAUUAAAGAUGAAGGAAUGCUUUGUGGUGCUUCAUCAGGUUCAGCUAUGUCAUGUGCUAUAGAAGCAUGUAAAGAUUUUAAUCUAACUAAAGAUCAAACUUGUGUUGUUAUUUUACCAGAUUCUGUUCGAAAUUAUAUGACAAAAUUUUUAAGUGAUGAUUGGAUGUAUGAACGUACUUUUCUUGAUAUUAAAGAUGAACCUCAUAGUGAAUGGUGGCAUUCAAUGCCUGUAUCAAGUUUAUCAAUUCGUGAACCUGUUACAGUAUCAUCAAAUACAUCAAUUCAAGCAGUACUUGAUAUAAUGCGUGCUAGAAGUUUUGAUCAAGUACCCGUUAUUUCUGAUGAUGGAACAUUUGUUGGUAUGACGACAAUGUGUGAAAUAAUGGCAAAAAUGUCACGUGGUACAAUAAAUGCACAAGAUCAAGUAUCAAAAGCUGUAACAGAUAAGUUUCGAACGGUUCAACUUAAUGAUAGUUUGGCAAAAUUAAGUCGUAUUUUAGAAGCUCAUAAUUAUGUGAUUAUUAAAUUUGCUCAUGAUCAUUUAGAUCAGGAUCAAUCAACAAGACAAAAUAAAACACAUAUAUUUGGUAUAAUAACAAGUAUUGAUUUACUUGAAUUUAUUGUUAAACAUAAUAAAUCAAAUGGUAAUGAUAAACAAAAUAGUUUACCUGAAGAAAAAAAAACAAAUUCAGUUAUUGCACAGGAAAGUGAAGCUUUAAAAUGA